UCGAUAUCAGAAAUUAAACAAAAGAGGAUUCAAAUGGGUGGACAAAAGAUUGUUCUGCUUUCGAUCUUCGUAUGUUUUUACGUGUUUUCACUUGUGUCAUGUACUGAAUUUGAAGCUGGAGGAGAAAAUGGUUGGAUCAUUCCACAAUCUAGUAACCAAAGUGACAUCUUUAACCAAUGGGCUUCCAAGAACCGGUUUAAAGUUGGCGACACUAUCCGUUUCAAGUACAAGAAAGACUCUGUUUUGGUGGUAACAGAAGACGAAUACAAGAAAUGUCAGACGACCAAACCGGAACUUUACUCCAACCACGAUGAUACGGUUUUCAAAUUGGACCGUCCCGGUUUGUUUUAUUUCAUUAGUGGUGUCUCAGGCCACUGUGAACAAGGUCAGAAAAUGAUUAUUAAAGUCAUGGAGGUGGAAUCUACGCCGCAAUCUCCUCCACCUUCCUCGUCUCUACCCGCUUCAGCUCACAAGAAAAACCACGCCGUGAGGAAAACGAGUCGGUUCUUAGGUGCCGGUUUAGUUACAAUUUCGAUUCUGGUUAUUACGGUUUUUAGUCUUGUGUAG